AUGCGUCCUCGCUCAUCUGUACUGAAGAUCAAGACCCAGAGAGAUUCUCUUUGCUCUGACAUGUCAUCCUCGCUAUCCGGGUCUAGUCACACGCACAGUGUUUGCUUUGAUACCGUGGAAGUGCGUGAGUAUCCGAUGAUGCUUGAUGAAGCACGCUACAAGAACCCGUUCUUGACCAUUGACUGGGAACCCUGUGAGAGGCGGGUUUCCACUUUCGAGGAGUACGAAGGUUUUCGAAGCCAUGAAGAAGCCAAUAUCGUCGAUCCCAAGGAACGGCUCUACAUUUGCCUGCGAUCUGGCAUUCCUUCUUCCCACAUUCGAGAACAUCUGGCCAAGCCCAACCCAUACCUGACUGACAGUGAAAUCCCUGCCGAGGGAGAAUCAUGCCGGGGACUUCUCGGCAAGAAGGAGAAGCAAAGUGGUAAUAAGAACAUCUUCUCCAAGAUGAAACGAGGCUUGGGAAAGAGGCUCAACAUGAACUGAGCUGCUAGAGCUAGUAUUCUAGCUGCUACACUGUAGGUAGCUAGCUAAUACAAACCCCUUGCCGGUCAUUGGAGUCAGAGGAACACACAGAAGAUACGGAACGCCGAUGUAGUUUGCGGUAUUAUUAAUUAAAUGUACGGGAGAAUUUGAAUGAAUAACACGUUGUCUUUUUGGUUAGCAACAGCACAACCCAGGCAAAACUAUCUAGCUGCAAGUGAGCCAAUUGUUUUGCUAGCAGCCAGGUACUGUCGUGGCUCUGGUUAGCAAGAGACCUUGGCGAUAUGUUUGCGAUACAUUAAAU